UAGGCUUUCUGUUUCUUACCUUGCUUGCCUUUUCAAAUGGUUCUGUCCGUCAUCUCGCAGGCAUUGAUCUUAGAUCUGAAGAGUGACCGUUCAUGGCAGAGAAAGAGUAGAGAUUCUCAAAUUUUCUAAACUUGCGACUGGAGUAAAUGGAUGGAAAAAAGAAGAAAGGCAAGAAGAAGAAAGGAAACCACAGCAAUGUCAGUGGUUCCAUAUUCAGUGCAGAUUUUAAUCAAACCAAAUCGGAUGUCUCUUUAUCCAACGCAGACUUUUUGCCAGAUGAUCAUCGUGAUGCUGCCCCAGUGCUGAACCAUUACAGCGAGGCUCCAUGUAAUGCAGACAGUCCAAUUGUUGGAGUUUCAGAAUCAGAAGUGGACCAGGAGAAACGUAAAAACCUUGAAGCAAAAUGUUUUGACUUGCAAGAAGAAAUAAACAUACUUAGAGUUGAAAAGAACAUAUGGUCACAGAAAGAGGGUAGCUUUGAGGAAAGAAUAAAACUCCUUCAAAAUGAACUAAACUCUUGCAUUCAGAAGGAGGCUAGAUUAGAGGAAAAAAUGGAUGAUCUACAAAGUAAAAGUGCUGUGCUGACGGGUAGAUUGGAGGAAAGAAUAAAAUUGCUUCAACAUGAAAUGGACUCUUGCAUUCAGAAAGAGAGUUCAAUCAAAGAAGUGGUGUCUAGAUUGGGUGAUGCUAAUGAAGGGUUGCAAUUGCAGGUAAAGGAGCUCGAAGAUUCUAGAGACAGCCUUGCUCAAGAAAAUAAACAGCUGACUGAUAACAUGUCAACGUUGGAGUCUCGCAUACAGCACCUCGAGGUGGCUGCCUCUCUCUACGCUUCUUCCGAGAUCCAUGUCGAGGAAAAAUGGACUCCAAAAUCCGUCGAAGCUUCAAUGAAGCCAGAUAUACUGAACGACGAAGGUUCGGAGAAGGCAUCUUAUCUUGUUGGGACUGCUGACAAUCUCCCUAGUGAAAAUACCAUGAAGCACUCAUCUACUGAUCAUGCAUCAGUGUUUCCCAAAAGCACACUCAAAUUUAACGAAACAAUCAAGACCAAAACAAAGCCCAACGAGAAUCUUAAUGUAAAUGGCGCCGAGGACUUGGGGUCUGUGGCGCAAUUACGACAAUUACAAGGUCUUGGAUUGGAUGAUUCUAGAAUAAGUGCAGAUGUGGUUUCAGUCCCAUUGGAUGACAUUAUUGUGGAGUUGAAGCCUGCAGCUGAGAAGAUAGAAACAGAGCCUGUAGUUCCUCUUUCUGAUGCUCCUCUAAUAGGAGCUCCAUUUCGACUUAUUUCCUUUGUAGCUAGGUUUGUGAGUGGUUCAGAUCUGGUUGACAAGGAAAAACCGAAAGAAAAUCGCUGAAGUUAUUUGGAAGUUGGAACUUGCAGAUUUUGUUUUUUUUGGAGAAGUUUGCAUACACACCACAUGAUUUUUAUGCAUUUACAUAUUCAACCCCUAAAGUUGACAUUUGUAUUUAUGGAACUUUGGUGUCUUAAACCAAUGUAAUGAAAAGUUACAUUCACUUUUGAAAGGAUAGUUAUGUUGAUGAAAGAUUU